AUGUUUUUUGUCUGUAACUUGCGCCCCAUCGAGCCGCCCGACUCGCCCGAUUGGAACCAGGUCUUUGCGCACCCCCACAACAGGCCUGACUCGGCGAGCACGACGCUGGAAAUCUCUGUUUGGGACGCUCCGACGGAGCAAUUUCUCGGAGGUAUUUGUUUCGACCUUUUCGAUGUCCCCGUCCGCGAUCCGCCGGACAGUCUGCUCGCUCCUCAGUGGUACCGUCUCGAAGGCGGUGCGCAAAAUUCCGGCAGAGUCUCCGGCGACGUCCAGCUCUCCGUCUGGAUCGGGACUCAAGCGGACGACGCGUUCGCGGAGGCGUGGAGCUCCGACGCGCCGUACGUCGCUCACACCCGUUCAAAGGUCUAUCAAUCCCCAAAACUGUGGUACUUGCGAGUCACAAUCAUCGAAGCUCAAGAUCUGAACAUUGCGCCCAAUCUUCCUCCGCUAACAGCGCCGGAGAUCCGAAUCAAAGGUAAAUUAGGUUUCCAAUCCGUCAGAUCUCGGCGCGGCUCGAAGAACAAUCACAACUCGUCGUUUCACUGGAGUGAAGACAUCAUUUUUGUCGCCGGCGAGCCGCUGGAGGACUCGCUCGUCUUGCUGGUGGAGGACCGGACGACUAAGGAGGUAACACUGCUCGAUUCUUGGUAG